UCAGGCUUGAGGGGACGCCGGGGCGGGGGUCUCGCUCGUCCUGCCUGCUGGCCGCCUCUCCCCCGCCCCCGGAGGCCUCUUCCUUUCCUUCCUCCAACUUGGAGGUGGGCCAGCAUCCCCGGACACCAUGUCAGACUCCGAGGAGGAGAGCCAGGACCGGCAACUGAAAAUCGUCGUGCUAGGGGACGGCACCUCCGGGAAGACCUCCUUAGCUAUGUGUUUUGCUCAAGAGACUUUUGGGAAACAGUACAAGCAGACUGUAGGACUGGAUUUCUUUUUGAGAAGGAUUACCUUACCAGGAAAUUUGAAUGUUACUCUUCAAGUUUGGGAUAUAGGAGGGCAGACAAUAGGUGGCAAGAUGUUGGAUAAAUACAUCUAUGGAGCACAGGGAAUUCUUUUGGUCUAUGAUAUUACAAAUUAUCAAAGUUUUGAGAAUUUAGAAGAUUGGUAUUCUGUGGUGAAGACUGUGAGCGAAGAAUCGGAAACUCAGCCCCUGGUUGCUUUGGUGGGCAAUAAAAUUGACUUGGAGCAUAUGCGAACAGUAAAACCUGAUAAACACUUACGAUUUUGCCAAGAAAAUGGUUUUAGUAGCCACUUCGUUUCAGCCAAGACAGGAGACUCCGUCUUCCUGUGUUUUCAAGUUGCUGCAGAAAUCCUGGGAAUCAAAUUAAACAAAGCAGAAAUAGAACAGUCACAGCGUAUUGUAAGGGCAGAAAUAGUCAAGUACCCGGAAGAAGAUAAUCAACACCCCAGCUCGUCUCAGAGUAGAGUCUGUUCAGUACAAUAGUGCAGAGGGUGGUGAAGGCAUAUAUUGUAAACUACAACCAGGAACCCAUGUCAAGAACUGUUAACCCACCUCGGAGUUCCAUGUGUGCAGUUCAGUGAGCACACACUGUAUUGAUAGUUUUGGUUGUUCUUCCCCAGGAUUGG